AUGAUAAGACAAGGGAGUGACCUCAAGCUGAGCCAGGGAAGGCUCAGUUUGGAUACCAGGAAAAGCUUUUUAGAAAGACUGGUAAUGUACAGGAAACAGGCGGCCCAGUAGAAUCACCACCCCUAGAGGUGUUCAAGAGCCAAGCAGAUGUGGCACUGAGGGAUACUGUUAGUGGGUAUGGUGGUGAUAGGUUGGCAGUCAGACUACAUGAUCCUAGAGGUCUUUCCAAGCUUUAUGAUUCCAUGAUUUUGUCAUUCUGUGAUUCACUGUGUUGUACAUCUUUCAAGUUCUUCUUUGAGGAGUUCACAUAAAAUGGGCUUUAUCUCUGUGUGAGCCUAGCAUUAAUGAAAUCCACACAGGUCAAUCACACACUGGUUGAACAGGACUUGUCCAAAUUUAUUCCAUCUGAAAAUAAAAUAAAUUCAGAAUCCUCUGGCUUUGAAAGACAGCGUUACUGCCUGUGACCCAGCUUGCCGCUGAGUCCCCGGUGCCCCUUGUAGGGCGGGGCGGGCAUCGGGAUUUUCCACCCACCCCGCCCUGCCGCUGGAGCCCGGCCAGACGGGGCCGGGACGCCAACAAACGAAGGAUGCCGGGGGUCAGGCCCGGCUCUCAUGACGCUUCCUCCGGCAUAGCCCCGUGGGAGGGCCGUGGGCGCGGGGCCGGCCCGCCCGAGCCGGGCCGAGCAUCGACGCAGCCGAGGGGGCAGCCUGAGUCGUCGGGCCCGCCGCGAGGAUGUGGCGGUGGCGGGCCGGGCCCUGCUGCCUGCUCCUGGCUGCUGCCUGCGCCCUGGGUCGGCCCCCGCCGCCCUCCGUCGUGCGGUGCCAGCCCGGCGGAGCCUGCUUCAGCGCCCACCUGGCCAACGCCUCGUACGACGAGGCCCGCAGCGCCUGCGGCAGCUGGGGGGGCGGCCUGGCUUGGGUGAGCGCCGAGUCGGAGCUGGGGCCGCUGCUGGCGCUGCUGGCCGAGGUGGCCGCGGGGCCCGCGCUGUUUUGGGUCGGGCUGAAGAGGAACGCCUCCGCCUGCACCGACACGGGACAGCCGCUCCGAGGCUUCUCCUGGGAGGAGCGCGGCGAGGCGGCCCCGCGGGAGGUGCCGUCGGCGCUCGGCCGCUGGGCGAAAGAGCCCGUGCGGACCUGCACGACCGCCCGCUGCGCCGGGCUGCACCUGACGGGUGCCGACAGCCCCCGCUGGGGCUGGCGAGAGCUGCCCUGCCAGCGGCACGGCCGGGGCUACGCCUGCCGCUACCGCGAGGAGGGCGCCUGUCCCGACCUCCGCCCCGACGGCGCGCUGAGCCUCGACUACCGCCUCCCCUUCGGGAAGGGCAGCACCGCGCCCGGCUUCAGCCCGCCGGGCACCGAGCUGGCCGUGGCGUGCCCGGGUGGGGAGGUGCUGCUCCGCUGCCGGCACGGUCCAGGCGGCUUCGCCUGGGAGGGCGCGGAGGAGCCCGACUGCCUCUGCAAAGAGCGCUGCGCCGCGACCCCCAGCGCCGCGGCCGACCAUCGCCUCUCCGCUCCGUCACCCGGCGACUCCGCGGGACCGCCAGCAACCUCGCCCGCUGGCCGCGGGGGGACGGCCGCCCCGCCGCACUCCGCAUCCUCCUCCUCCAACUACGUCUUCAUCCUGGUGACCGUGGCCGUGGUGGUACUGGUGAUCCUGGUUAUGACCGUCCUGGGGGUCUUCAGGCUGUGCUUCAACACGAAGGCGGCGGGCGGCGGGGACAAGGAGCCGGCGGCGGGGGGCGGUGAGGCGGAGACGGGCGGCGCGGAGCCUCGAGGGGCUGCGGGUACCGAGUAACGGCGGCGAAGACCGCAACUGGCCCGGGGUUACAGCCGCUCGGAGGCAGCUGCGGGACUGGAGCCUCCCAAAACCUCUUCUCCGGGGCAUGUGCAAAGUGGAAGACUUUGCUCGCUAGUGCCUUGCUAUUCAGAACCCAUCUGAGGGGCACCGGGACGCUCUCGUUUGCUUGCUGAUUGCUGGAACACUUGGAGAUGUGAACUGCCAUAAUUUCGGAGAAAACUGUGACCUGUACUCUUUGAGAGUGACGUUGUUACAAACGAGGAGCAUCUCCAUACGUAGAUGGGCAUUAAAUUGCUAAGGAAGUGGGAGGUUAAUAGGGAGUCAUUUUAUACUUCAGUUGAUUGAAAUAAUAAAGGAUGAUUUAAAACCUUAA